AUGGGUCAAUUUGGCCAAGUAGUGUGGAGGGGUUUCCCAUGCGCUCUGACAAUUGGUUCUCUCAUCUGCCUUGUCAUAGUUGGCCUCGGUUGCACUCGAGCUCACAAGGCAGAGAAUCUCUACUUUUUGCGUUUCAUCCAAGCCCUCGACGAGGUCAACAACACAACCGGAUUAAAUGAUUUCUACUCGAUCGGGCUCUGGAGCUACUGCACCGGCAAUAUAACAGACAAUGGGACUUACAAAACCACCUACUGCUCCAAACCGCGGGGCGGAUUCUGGUUUGACCCAAUCGACACCUGGGGCCUAAAUGGCACCAACACCAAUGAUUUUCUUCCUGGCAAACUCAAGAAAUCGCUAAACAUGUAUCGUAAUGUGUCGCUGUGGAUGGCCAUCAUCUAUCUAAUUGCAGUGAUAGCCACCGUCUUGGAGAUCAUGACCGGCCUCAUGGCCGUUGGAGGCAAUCGCCUGGUCAGCUGCUUCGCAUGGCUCCUCGCCGGGGUCUCACUCCUCUUCACCACGGCCAUGUCUAUCACUUCCACUACCAUCUUCGCGACCCUGGCCGCCACCGUCAAAACUGUGUUGAAACCACACGGGAUCACCGGGCACAUGGGUCGACAUAUAUACGCCGCCACAUGGCUCGCGGUGGUGCUAUCGUUCCUGGCUAGUGCGCUCUGGUUGCUGGACUAUUGCUGCUGUUCCAGGCGUCGCACCACACCUCGGCCGAUUGCGGCGGAUCACCAGCAGUCAUACGGCUAUAGCUCCGUGCCAUUAAACGGUGUGACUGCUCCGCGGCAUACCCCCUAUCCACCCGCCAUGGUCUUUGCGUCGCCGCCCAACUUGCAGGGGUCAUAUCAGCAUCCCAUGCAUCAGACCCCGACUCACAGUACACCAGAGGAUGCAUGCGAGCCGUACAGACAUGGCUGA